AUAAAUUUUGUAAACUAAAGCGACCUUUACUUUUAAAUACUUUUUAAAUAGCGUUAACAAUCGAACAGGAUAGAGCCAAAUCCUCGAUGCAUUCGCCAACCAAUAGCUGGGCUGUAACCAAAAGAAAAUCUUGUACCACUUUAUUAUGUGAAAUAACUCGACUUAAAUCUCAACAAAAAUAUCUUGAAAGCAGCCAAGCAAAAUUAAUACCCGAGCAUUUUCUUGAAGACUGUGCCACUUCAGCAUCAACAACUGCAUCAUCUUUGGAAGCAAAUUGCGCUAUUAAAGAUGUCGAAAACUUUAAAAGACAGCUAGAUGAAGCCUUGUUAGAGCAUCUUCAAAAAUCUCGCGCCACUGUUAAGGAUAUUUGCCAUGAAAUAAAGAAAAUACGAGAAGAUACUCUUAAAGUACAAUCAUUGGAAAUUUGUUCUAUGGAUAAGUUACGCAAACGCAUUAUUGGAAUUAAUACACAAAUUGAAAGUCUGCAAACUCGAAACACCAAUGAACUUAAACUACUGCAAACUAAAUUUGGGGAGUACGACAAAGAAGCGGUCAUAUUGUUAACCUAAUCCGAUCCUAAUGAAGUUAUAAGUGGGAAAGUUUACAAAACAUAAACAUAAAUUUCAUUUUCCAAACUGAAUUCAACCACUCGAUUUCCCUUUAGUUUUUUGCGUUAGGAAACGCAAUUGAAUGUAAACUAAUAGUGUAUUUAAGAAGAAAAAAAAAUAUAUUCAUUGCAUAUUCAAAAACUUAAACUGCAAGGCUCAUAAGGUAAUUUCACGACAUUGGUUUAUAUCGGAGCAAAUUAUAUACAUAUGUAUAUUAAAGCAAUUUGAAAAU